CGUUGAUUGACAGCUGGAGACAAGCGGCUGUACUGUGCGCCACAGCGGAGGAGCGCAACUCUCUCCUCCGAAGCACAGCCUCUCCGCCCGCUGCAAGACGAAGGAAGGAAGGAAGGGAGGAGGAGGUCGUGGUCGUCCUGUGGGUUUUCUACCGGAACCGUUUUUGUCCGUCUUUUGGAAGAGAAGUGAGGAGCAAAAGACUGAUUUUUUUUGGAAUGGAGUAAAAGGACUUUUGGAUCGGGUGUUAUUUGGCUGGAAUUCAGCACCAGAACACCACGGAAUAACCCACCCAGGAAAUUAAGUUCUAUUCCGCAGAAGUUCUAGCGUCAUUCUCUUCCUAUGGAGUAGGCUGCGGACUCGCACGGUGGAUGUGUUCGCUUCGGUCCGGAGCUCGCAGGUGGAUGUAAUGCGCAGAUUCUCCGUGGGACGCUGACCGGCCGAUGGGGGAACCAUGAACACCUCUUCCGAACUCGAAGACGGGACUCGCCACAAAAACCAGACGUUCUGCGAGUGCGUCCCCGGGUCCUCGCAGCUCAAACAUCGCUGGUCCGACUCUGAAAGUACCAGGGAGACUCCGGCCAAGAGGAUGAGCUGCAGCUACCUGCUCUGCACCAUCCUGCUCUUCGUGGCCGUCCUGCUGGCUGUCACCGUGACCGGCACCAUCCUCUUUAUGAACCACAAUCAGGCGCCCCCCAUGUCGGACGGCAUCCCGCACAUUUCCACCAACCAGGACGAAGCCAACGCGCUGGUGACGGUGGAGCGAGGCGACGGCUCCCGCAUCAACAUCUUCAUCGAUCCCAACUGUCCCGACUACAGUAGCAACUUUUUGCGCCUGGAAGGGGUGCAGACGUCCCUGCUGCACUCGCUCACCGACCACGACUCGGAUCUGAAGUCGGUGAAAGGUCAGGACCGGGCUCUUCUGGUCAAUCUGGCCGAGGAGGUGGCCAAGCUGUCUGCUCAUGCCGGACAGCUGAAGAUGGACUACGAGUCUCUGCGUAGGGGGCAAGGCAGCCUGGGCCAAGACCUCAACACCCUGCAGACCGAGCAGGGGCGCCUCAUACAGCUGCUGUCGGACAGCCAGAUCAACAUGGUGAAGGUGGUCAACUCGGUGAGCGACGCUUUGAACGCCAUGCAGAAGGAGAACGUGGGCCUGAAGGCUCGCACCAAGGCCGACCUGCAGAGGGCGCCGGCGAGGGGCGCCCGCUUCAAAGGCUGCUCCAACGGCUCGCGUCCUCGUGACUGCGGCGACCUGUACGCCAGCGGCCAAAGAGAGGACGGUAUCUACUCUGUCUUUCCCAUCCACCAUCCCACGGGAUUCCAAGUCUACUGCGACAUGACCACAGAUGGAGGCGGCUGGACGGUGAUCCAGCGGCGGGAGGAUGGCUCGGUUAACUUCUUCAGGGGAUGGGAGUCCUACCGUGAGGGAUUCGGGAAGAUCACCGGUGAACACUGGCUCGGCCUCAAGCAGAUCCACGCCCUGUCCAUCCAGGGUAACUAUGAACUGCGUAUCGAUUUGGAGGACUUUGAGAACGGCACGGCGUACGCCCAGUAUGCCACCUUUGGCGUGGGGCUUUUCUCGGUGGACCCGGAUGAGGACGGCUACCCGUUGACCGUGGGGGACUAUUCAGGCAAUGCAGGCGACUCCCUCCUGAAGCACAACGGCAUGAAGUUCACCACGAAGGACCGCGACAACGACCACUCGGAGAACAACUGCGCCUCCUUCUACCACGGCGCCUGGUGGUACCGCAACUGCCACACAUCCAACCUGAACGGGCAGUACCUGCGCGGACAGCACACGUCCUACGCAGACGGCAUCGAGUGGUCCUCGUGGACGGGCUGGCAGUACUCGCUCAAGUUCUCCGAAAUGAAGAUCCGCCCCACGCGUGACCUGGAGAGCAAAUGAAGGCCGAGCAGGAGAGGACAUUUUGCAAGACGCCGGCGAGUUUGAAGGACUUUUUUUCUGCUUUUUUUUUUGCCUCUUGACGUCUCCGUUCCUUCUUCAUCAUCAUCACAGCAUAAAAGUCUCAUGCUUGUUUUUUGGGAAAGAAAGCAGCACCAUUCUCACCCCGACUUCUCACACUCACUUUCAGUUUAACCAGCAAGUUCGGGUUUUCCUUUGCUGAGCUCCUCGACGAGCUUUCACCCGCAACGACAGGGGGGGGCGGCUUUGGCCUUUGAGAAUGAGCACAAGAAUGACAGGAAGUGGAGGUGAAUGAGGUGAGAGGACGCCAAGGAGAAGAUGAUGAGGAGGAGACAAUGGAGAAUCUCAUUGCUCCAAGUUGGGCCACGAGGGAGCACAUUGGUCGCUUUGUCUGAACUGCCUGCCAGCUGACUUGCAGCCAAACGUUGCGGCGUGCACAGAUGGUAACCCAGCACUGUGUGUGUGUGUGUGUGUGUGCGCGCACGUGAACCAAAACUUUGUUUACAGACAAAAAAAAAGCCUUUCUCUGUGUGUUACAUGCUAUCAAUAUGUAUACUGUACAUCUCAUCUUGUUUUCCUUUUAUGGCUGUCAAUGCAAAUUAAGUCGUCUCCCUGGGUAGAAUCCUACCAUGUGUGCAUAAAGCACACAGACAAAAAACGAUGAAUAAAUAUAUAUAUAUAUAUAUAUAUAUAUAUAUACAUACAUAUAUAUAUAUAUAUAUAAAGAAGAAAAACGUUAUAUAUAGAAAAAACUUCAAAAAUUGAAGAUUUUUACGUCUUUUUAUUUCUGUUGGUGAAUAAUUUCUUUGGAUGUACCAGACGAUUUAAAAAAAAAAAACCAAAAAAACAAGAAAUGUAGAUUUCCCUGUACAGCGUAUGACUUUUAGAGCAUGUCACUAUGUUUUCUUACAAUGCUACGACACAUGCAAGAAAAAAAUAUCCAGAUAAAGCGACAGGACAGAAGACGAAGAGAAGAGGAAUAACUUGCUGGAUUUUGUCCUCGAAACGACAACAAACAAACACCGGACUAUGGAUAAAGAAUAAAGCGUUUUUCGUAAAAGACUCUGCAUGGCUGGACUCCUGCUCAAAGCCUCCACCUAGUGGCCAGCUGGAGUGUAGCACAGAGCAAUGACUUGUAUUCAUUCCUUGCGGUCUUUCUUCGCUGUAAACCUCCCCUUCUAUCCCCCCCACCCCCACCCCUUCGCAAAGCACAGAGGUGUGUCCUAAAUUAAAACACACGCACAUGCCCCCCCCCCGCACAAACACACCCCCACUUGGCUGAUGUUUUUAUGGCGCGAGGAUGCAACAAACAUCAACACAAAGCCGCUCGAGAGGCAGCAGCUGGACUGUGCGUGUUUGUGUGUGUGUGUGUGUGUGUGUGUGUGUGUGUGUGUGUGUGCAAACGUGUGUACGGCGACAGAGGAAGACAAAGGCUUCUUCCACACGUACAUGGGUAUUUUUUUUUUACAGCAUUUUCCCCCGUCAGGUGGAAAAUCAGAAGCAGGAAGAAAGUCAUUUCGUGGAGGAAGAAUAGGCACAGGCAAUAAUCUGUGCUGGAGCCUAUCCCAGCUGACUUCGGGCGAGAGGUGAGGUACACCCUGGAUUGGAAUAGUAAUAAUAAUAAUCACAAGUCGGGGGGGGGGGGGGGGGGGCACACAAGCGGACCCGCCGUAAAAAAAAACAAAAAAUGGGGUGAUCCGAUAAGGCUUAAGGAAGUUACGACACUUUUCAAUUUUCAACCAAGAGAGGGCGACACCGGUGCCAAGGCGGGUACGCGGUCACGUCCCGGCAUGAAAAAAAUUUUGACGAUCGGAUCACAUGUAAGGGAGUUAUGACAUUUAUCAUUUUCAACCAGGAGGGGGCGACACUGGUGCCCUCGGAGAAAGCCAUGUGAUCCUUUUGCAUCCUUUAUUGUUUGCUUUUGUUGAUUUGUUUUUUUAAAUAAAGUCGUGUACAUUUGAAAUGUUGCCAGUCGUUAAUAAAAGACAAAUAGUUGACAGCUCUAACAGUGAGGAAAGUUUAAACUAAGUUUAUUCUCUGUUGAGUUAAAAGAACAGAUUCCUACUAUGAUUCAUUUUCCAUAUUAGUUAUCUUAGCAUAUUAUCGAUCAUUUCUUUUCCAUGACUUCAAAACAUGCACCACAUUAAACUCGAGUGUAAAAUGUACAGUUAAUCCAUGUGAUCGAUAUCGGACAAUAUCACUAAUGGAUGAUCGACAUCAGAAUCGGCAGCAUAAAAUCCUAAUUGGAGCAUUCCUAUUUUUAUUAUUCAUUGUUGUAUUUCCUUUGAUUGACUAGUUUUCAUUAUAUUCAUUUAAAUUUACUUUUUUAUUAUUAUUUAACACCUCGGGAAUGUUUAUAAAAAAAGUGGAUCAGAUUGGAAUGUUACAUAAUACAUUAAAUAUAUUAUUUCUUUAUUUUGUUAGCCUAGCAAGGAUUUGUUUUUUAAACCAACCUGUGUACGUGUGGGCGUGGCCUCAGUCUGUAUGUUACGUGUCCGAGUCAUGUGAUGCUUCCGUACAAUUAGCCCCGCCCCCUCCACCGCUCUUUGUGUUGAAGGAUUUCUCCGUAGUUAGACGAGCUUUUACUUAUCGUGAUCGUGAAACCAAUGGAGUGGACGCCACCUACUGGUACUGUGUUGAACUGCGCUUGCACCCCAGAUACCCUCCCCCCCAAGACCUCCACCCUCCCACCCCAUGUUGUGCUUCUUGUUGCUGCUUUGUUAGCUAAAUGUUCGAGCCUGACCCCCCCCCACUUUUGUUGAAUUGAGUUAUUGGCUGAUUGAUAGCCUUCAUCCUGCUCAUUACCAAGCAGACCGUCGCCAUGAUAGCCCCCACGUAGCUUUCUUCCUCUGCACCCUUAUUUACUUGCCUUGUUGCUCCACUCAUAAACCUUCCUUCCUUCCUUUCUCUCUUCCUUCCUUCCCUUCUCGUUACUAUCUCUCAGCUUUUUUCAGUGGUCCGAGCAGCGCGGCGCUAACUAGCUCUUCUUUUUUUUCCCUUGGUUUCCCGUGAAGAUUGUUACUUGGCUGAAUCCUGAUUCUGUGUUUUAAUGUUCUUGUCAGCAUUUAAUAAACGUUCACAUUUUAUAAAUGGGGGAGGUACUCAAGGUACUCUUUUUUUUGUCUUGCUUAUAUAGCAAAGCUGAAAGCUCUCCAGGUCCAACCUUUUUUUUACUCUGCUUCUACCUUAGAAAACCAUGGAAAAAGAAAUUAUCUGUUCCAGCUUCAAACUGUGGCCAUCAUGUCAUAUUUGAACAAUUUGAAUUGUUAUACAUAAACAUAAGGUAAAAUGACACGCUAAAACGUCAGAAUUCUGAUAUAAAAGUCCCAAUUAUGAGCUAACAAGUCAUAAUUCUGAAGAAAAACGUCAAAAUUAUCAUCUCAAUAGUCAAAAUCAUGACCUAAAAAGUCAUAAUUAUGAGAUAAAAUGUCAAAAUUAAGCUGCAGGGUCUCGAGACAUCUGCUGGCUAGCGGGCUAACCACUUCCACAGAGGAUGAGAGGAGAACCUUCUUUCUCUCUAUCAUAUGAGACAUUCCAUGGCUGACUUCACGCAGAGUUAAGGUCAAGUCUGAAUAUGUGGUGCCAUUACUGCCACCUAGUGGCCAGAAUACUACGACUUGUAUUUCAAUGUGUCUUGACUGGUAGUACACCAU